CAAGAUCAUUCGUUUGGCGACUGGCGUCUGUGUCUGGUGUGUGACCUACAUUGUUCAUUAUUUUUUGAAGGAGCCGUAUUCUCUUUGUCAUAGACGUCAACACCGUUCAUCUGAUUUGCAAUGAUUUUUCACACAUCAAAAAUGGCUGAAAACAAAGGAGAUGCCCAUGAAAUUAAAAUUACAGUUAAUGUUCUUGGCAUAGAUAAUAAUAUUAUCCAAUUUAGUAUCAAGAAACAUUGUCAUUUACAAAAGCUCAUGGAUGCUUACUACAUAAGAUCUGGUUUAGAUGAGGCAUCAAUAACAUUCCAAAUUGAUGGAAAACGAAUUCAUGGAAUAAAUACUCUACAAGACGUAGGGAUAAAGAAUAAUGACACAAUUGAAGUAUACCAGCAGCAGUUUGGUGGAGGCCUUUAUUUGAACUAUUAUUAACUACUUAUUAUUUGACAUAAUCAAAAAAUGUUUAAAAUAAUCAAUUAAUAUGAUAUCAAGAACUACAUUUAAUAGAUACAUUAAUUGAUGUGUGUAGAACAUUAUAUAUAAAAUAUGUACUCUAAAACUUAAUU